UAUGGACUCUCAAUUGACACACAGACGAAUAAAGUGUUUGAGUCUGAUAUCUUCUUGCAUUAUUGAGGAAUACGAAGACAACUUGGAUUGACAUAGAGUAACAAAAAUGGAUUCGGCGUUUCAAAUUCGCUCGUUGGGUGCAGCGGCUGAGGGAAUCAAGGACCAAUACGCAGAUGGUAUUGCUGCCAAAGUCUGGGAGGUGUUUAUCGGCGAUAGAAAGCAGCGUAAACAAAAUUACAAGGACUUUUUAGUCGGCUUGCUUAAGGAAAAGAGAUGCAAACGUGUACUGGAUAUUGCUUGUGGCACUGGAGUGGACUCUAUGAUGCUUCUCGAAGAAGGUUUUGAGGUGGUGAGCGUCGAUGCGUCCGACAAGAUGCUUAAGUAUGCGCUCAAGUCACGAUGGGAGCGUAGGAAAGAGAAAUCCUUCGAUGAUUGGAUUAUCGAAGAAGCAAAUUGGUUGACAUUAUCAGACGAUGUGCAGCAUCUGAUUGGUGAUGGAUUUGACGCCGUAAUAUGCCUCGGGAACAGUUUCGCCCAUAUGUUAGAUUCCUUUGGAGAUCAACGGGAACAGCGCCAAGCACUUUCACAUUUCGAGCGUUGCGUCAAACCCGGUGGUCUUUUGCUAAUUGAUCACAGAAAUUACGAUAAUGUUAUAAAAACUGGACAAACCCCUACGCAAUGCAUAUACUAUAAUAGCAAACAUCUGCAGAAAAUCGUCACUUCCAUACUUUACACGAAUGGCGUACCGUCGCUCAUUACAUUGGAAUAUUGUAUAAAAUUAAAUGUCGAGGAAAGCAAUGAUAAGGAAAGUCUGCGCGAGUUUCGUCUCUCGUAUUACCCGCACAGGCUGAAUAUUUUCACUGAUUUUUUAAACGAAGCUUUCCACGGCUCGGCUAAGCACCGGAUCUAUGGUGAUUUUAAAUCCCUCGAAGAAGCCAAGGAUCCUGGAUUUUACAUCCAUGUUUUGGAAAAAAAUUAGUAAUAAGCUAGAGCAGUAGUAGGAUGAUUCUUCAUGGUGUGCAAAGUCGUUCAGCUUUGUUUCAGCUCACCGUAGUGUUAUUGAGAGUAUGUCACUGAAAACUUAAGGUCAUCCAACAAGUACAAUAAUAAUUUAUAUUGAUCAAAGUAUUAGAAUUAUUAGAGACUAUUUUAUGACUUUUAAUAAUUAUAUGUAAAUGUUUAGAAAGAAUUGUAAAUAUAUGGCGCUUCAUUUACAUUCUCGCGCCUCUUACAUAAAUAACGAAAUA